CUAUUUAUUUCAUAACGCUCUCCCUCUGAAAGGUUUCUCGUUGCUGUUGUUUUAUUCGUUAAGCGGAAGUUUGUUGCUAAAUUGACUUGGACUCAGUGGAUGACAAGACUUUCAACUGGGAGAACUGGGUGGCGUCGGCGAUCACUUUCGCUUUGGAGCUCAGUUAUCAACCGGCCUAAACUAAGUGCGCCACGCUCAGAGGAGGCUUUAUGAUUAUAACAGAAAGACUCGGUCGUGACCAUGCCGAGUCUAUCCAGAGCGCCUCUUUGUCUUUGUUUGUUGAUAUUGUUGGAGGCAGCUGUUCACUGGGGAACUGGUUCACCAGCUGCAGGUUUAGAUGAGGAUGCUUUCACCAUUCAGCACCAGAGCACAGGGAAAUGCCUGAGUGCAUGGGGUUCAGCAAACCUGAGCCUCGCCACCUGCAACUCAAACAGCAAGUCCCAACAGUGGAAGUGGGGUUCAGGUCAACGGCUCUUCCAUGUGGGAACAUCGCUCUGCAUGGCGCUGGACGUCAAUUCCAAGAUGUUGACUAUGUUCGACUGUGGCUCCAACAUCCUGCUAUGGUGGAGCUGUUUGGAUGGAGUUGUUUACACCGUUUAUCAGAUGGGCCUGGCGGUCAACAACGGCAAAGUAGCGCUCAGUCGGGAAACUAAUGACACUUGGGUAAGAGGAGAAUCCCAAGACAACAUCUGUCAGAGGCCAUACCGCGUCAUCCAUACCAUGGAUGGGAACUCUGCCGGCAGCCCCUGUGAGUUCCCCUUCAAGUACAAUAACAGCUGGUAUCAUGGAUGCCUCCCCGAUGCAGAAUUCCCUGGAAUGUCCUGGUGUGCCACCUCCUCAGACUAUGACCAAGACAAGAAGAUGGGACGCUGUCUGAAACCUGAGGAGGGCUGCCAGACUCUUUUUACUGGUCCAGACGGCGAUUCAUGCUAUGAGUUUGUCACCAACGGUGCGGUGACCUGGCACGAAGCUCUGGAUUCGUGUCGCAGUCAGGGAGCAGAUCUGCUUAGUUUCUCUGGGCCCGAUGAGCUCAAUUCUACAAUCUUGUUGGACGGCCUUGGAAGAAUGCCGGAGAGGAUGUGGAUCGGCCUUCACCAAUUAGAUACUUCUCAAGGAUGGCAGUGGUCAGAUGGCUCUCCUCUCUCCAUGUUACGCUGGGAACAAGGAAUGCCCUCCACCUCCAUCAUCAUUCUGUCAGACUGUGGAGUCCUGAACUCCAAGAACAACUAUGAAACGAUGGCGUGUAACAGGCGGCUGCCAUACGUCUGCAAGAAGAGAGUCAAUGCCAGUGAGACAACAACAACAGAUUCUUUUGUCUAUAAAGAAACGUUGUGUAAGGAUGACUGGGUGCCGUGGAACGGACUUUGUUACAAGUUGAUGGAGCAGCCAAAGAACUUCAGCGCUGCCCAGGAACAGUGUAAAGCUGAGAAUGGAGUGUUAGCCAGUUUCCACACUAUUGACAGCAAAGAGAUGAUCAGCACUAAUUUCCACGGAGAUGGCAAGACUUUAGAUGUGUGGAUCGGUCUGGUUGGUGUUGGCACGAACUCCACCGUUUUCAACUGGACGGACGGAGCACCCAUCACCUUCACUUACUGGGCUCCAUCACAACCGGUCCAGCCCACUUCGGAUACCAGCUGUGUCUCCUACACUGGAGAGUUUCAUAGUUGGCGGAUUGAGGAUUGCACACAGAUGCUGGCCUUCAUGUGCCAGAGGAAAGGAGAGGUCAAUGAAUCAGCAGCACAGGUCGGAUGUAGCUCGAAAGAUGGUUGGAAGAGACAUGGAAACUCCUGUUAUAAAGUGAACAUGACGCAAGUGUCCUUCAAGGACCAUUGCUACGUCACCAUAAGAAACAGGUUUGAGCAGGCCUUUAUUAAUAGUCUGCUGCAAGAGACGGCAGGCAAGGAAACUCAGUAUUUUUGGAUAGGGUUGCAGGACAUCAACAGAGAGUACAAGUGGGUGAGGGCAGAGGGGUCGACGGAUGUGGCAACAUACACCAACUGGGGCGUGUUUGAACCAGAUCAGCAAGGAGGGUGUGUUGCAAUUUCCACUGCAAAGCCUUUGGGUAAGUGGGAGGUGAAGAACUGCACUCUCUUCAGGGCCGGCACCAUCUGUAGAAAAGACCUCAUUACACCUCCUGCCCCAGAACCAGAACCAAACCUUAAUGCAUCGUGUCCUAAUGGCUGGGUGUCCAGGCCAAACAUCAAAUACUGCUACAAGGUGUUUCAUGAAGAAAGGUUGAGCAGGAAGCGCUCCUGGGAGGAGGCCAUGAGGUUCUGUCAGGCUCUAGGAGCCAAUCUUCCCAGUUUCACAAACUUGGAUGAAAUGAGAGCCCUACACUUCAUUAUGAGAGAGACCAUCAGUAAUAAUCGGUACUUCUGGAUCGGCCUGAACAGGAGAAACCCCGCAGAUCGCUCGUGGCAGUGGAGUGACGGCCGGCCCGUAUCUCUAGAUAUUUCAUACAGAAAUUUCUACGAGGACGAUGCGUACGAUCGGGACUGCACUGCAUUCAAGACAAUGACGAACAGCUUGAAACACGUGUUUUACUAUCUGGUGCACGACUUGCCUCCCAUACCUUUCUACCCCAGACCCUUUCAUUGUGACGCGCAGCUGGAAUGGGUCUGCCAAAUACCCCGAGGAGUGACACCGAAAACGCCAGAGUGGUACAAUCCCGAUGGGCAUCAUGACUCGUCCAUCUUUGUGGAUGGAGCAGAGUUUUGGUUUGUUAAUAAGCCACCGCUCAGUUUUCAGGAGGCGAGGCUCUUUUGCGAUUCAGAGAACGGCACACUGGCGGCUCCAACUAGCACCGAUGCUGCUAUUAAAAUCCAAAAUGCAAUAUAUACAAUAUCGGAUUCCAACAAGCAAAGCUGGUGGAUUGAUAUGAGCCAGCCUGGACGCAUAUUCCCUAUGACGUACAACUCUAUUUUCUAUAACCAUUUAUUUCCCCUGGGUAACUGCACCUACAUCACUCCUGAAAGUGUCUUUCCCGACUCUGAUCAGUGCUCACGGAGGUUACCGUUUGUGUGUGAAAGAGUGAACACGACAUUAGUGGAGAAAAACCCCCUGGAGCCUCAGCCUGGAGGACUGCCCUGUGGGAAGGAAUCUAUCCCCUUCAGAAAUAAAUGCUACACGCUGAUGAAGAAUUCAAAACCUUUUAACUUCAAGGGUGCCAACGAGGAAUGCCAGACAGUAAAGGGAACCUUGGUCACCAUCUCCGAUCAGAUUGAGCAAGAUUUCAUCAACACCCUCCUGAUGGACACAAAAGACAUGGACAAAACAUGGAUUGGUAUGAAAAUCCAGAACAGUGAAGCUUCAUGGAUUGACAGUUCUACAGUGAACUACAUAAAUUUUAACCCUCUGCUUCUGGGCAUGCACAAGGUCGUGGCUUUUCAUCCAUGGGAUCUGGAGAGUUUGGAUUUGUGCGUGUUCAUGCUCCAUAACGGCAAGUCUGACAUGCUGGGUACCUGGGACUACACCAGCUGCACAAAGAUGCUAAAUGUGGCUGUUUGCCAACACUAUGCAGAUAAGCUAGAGGAGCCACAGGUCCCCAUGAAGCCUUUCGUUGUCAAUAACCACACCGUGCUGCUGCUCGUCAAAAAUCUCACCUGGUUUGAGGCUUUAGAGGAGUGCAAAAAAACCGACAUGGACCUGGCAAGCGUGGCUGAUACCUACAUGCAAUCCGUCCUCACCGUGCACGUGAGCCGUGCAAAAACACCCAUGUGGAUUGGACUCUUUAGCGAAGAUGACGGGAACCACUACCACUGGACUGACCAAAGUCACACUGUGUUCAGUCGCUGGUCUUCUGAUGCCACUAGUGGCCAAUGCGUUUACCUGGACACCGAUGGCUUCUGGAAAGCCACUGAGUGUCUGGACAGUCUAGGAGGCGCUGUCUGCCACAAACCAAGCAAGCACAAAAUCCCCACACAUAAGGAUGUUUUAGUGAAGUGCCCCCAUAAAAAAAAUGGUCCAAACUGGAUCCCCUGGAAGAAUAACUGCUACUCAUUUCAGCUGGUUGGCUCCAGAUGGGAGUCGUAUAACCGAGGACGUAUUGAGAAUACCUGCAAAAAACUUCAUGCAGAUGCAGACAUCCUGACUAUCAGAAAUGCACAAGAGAACGAGUUUAUAAAGAGCCAGCUGCUGCCCUUUGAGUCAUUGGUCCAGUUUGUAUGGCUGGGACUGUUCAAGGAUAACAAUGAUAACCAGACAAGGUGGUAUGAUGGCACAAAUGUGCAAUAUUCCAACUGGGCGAAAGGCCGACCUAAUUUAGAAAACCCAUUCUUAGCCGGUCUCACGACUGAUGGCACAUGGAUUCUCGUCACAAAGAAAGAGCUACACCCCGUGUUCAAGCAGAGGACAAUUGUGAGCUGCAAGCUGGAUUAUGAACCCAAGAAAGAAUACAACCAGUCAGCCAUGGAUUUUCAGCAGUAUGGUAACUUAACAUACAGGGUUGUUACCCAAAAGUUGAAUUGGUCUCAGGCUGUAGUCGAAUGUGAUAAGCUUGGAGGCCACCUGGCAAGCAUCCAUGACGUGGAGCACAACGCACACCUGAGGCUCAUUUCCAAGAUGGAUGGCUUCCCACUCUGGAUUGGCCUGUCAAACUAUGCUGUCAGUGGCUCAGCCUAUGAAUGGUCUGAUGGAACAAAAUUUGACUACCAUCCCACCAUCUCUGACUCCCAAGACACACCGAAAACCAACUGUGUUUAUAUAAACCCUGCUGGAGACUGGAAAAGGACCAGCUGCAAUGCUAUGAUCGAUGGCGCCAUCUGUUACACCACCAAUAUUACCUCUUCUAGCCAAAGAGCCAAACUACAAGAUGGCCCAGAAACUAAUCAUUGCCCUCAGGUCGAUGGUAAGUCCAAGUGGGUUCAGCACGAGGAUCACUGUUACGCCUUUGACAUGAGCUUCUACAACUACAGACUCUACAGCAUGGAACAGGCCAAGGCUCUCUGCCAGGAGAUGGAUUCUCAUCUACUAACAAUCGAAACCAAAGACGAAAAUGAUUUUCUGGCCAACUACAUCACUGAGCACCCUCUCAUCACCAGUCAAGUGUGGCUCGGCAUAGAUCUUGAUACUCAAGGUAAGCCUGUAUCCUCGCAAGAUGGCUCCCAUCUGGAUUUCUCUAACUGGUCAUCUACAGCCGGAACCGGGAAGAAGUCUGGGUCCCAGUGUGCCGUCAUGGUGGCAGGCAAUGGUGGAAACUGGAAUCUGGUCCCCUGCGAGAGUAGCUACAGUCGUGUUGUUUGCAAAACGAAAGCAAAGUCUGCAGGCUCCCCGGUGGCACUGGGCUUCUUCAUCGUGGCGCUCAUCGCUCUCAUUUUAGCCCUCGGCUUUGUCAUCUACAAGAAAAAACGAGCCCACUUCCCUUCUACCGUCCGCUACGAGAGGACCUUAGACGAUAUGGACACCACCAGUAUAAUUGAUGCAGACUGAGCCUGCUUCAAGUUUUCAGCCUCAGGAAGUAUUGAUAUGUCUGCCACAAGUGAUUUUUUUAAAUUAUUUAUUUAUCUUUCUCUCAUUUAAUUAUAUUUAAUAUAGCUCUGACUAUACUAUAUACUUGACUACUGACCAAGAACGCACUUUAAUACCUUGUGGAGAAGCGGUUCCCAAAUUCAAGCACAGUGAGUUUUGGAAAGGGUUUUUUUUUUUUUUUUUAAUCAUGUUUGCAAUUGAGAUUGCACUGCUGUUUCUUGUAAAUGCUCUGUAAAUAAGUGAUGUGUUUAUUACUGAGAAUGAACCAAAGACGCUCUGACUCAUUUUGAAUGUUAAAAGCCAGAAGAACUGCUUCCGUGUGGCUUGUUAACCUCUCUUUAUAUCAAACUGCAGACCAAAUGGUUUUUUUGCUCCGUUUACUUUCAUGUCAUUGCUGCUCAAACUUAUCAGCUGAAAUCAGGUAUGCUUCCAAUAAAAUGCACCGCUUUCAAUGGCUUUUAUUUUUCAGUUA